AUGUCUUUCCAAAAUUACGAAUUUCAAAACCAGGGUGAUGCGGCUGCGCCUACUGGCGCGCCAGCCCCGACUGACGCCAACAUGACCGGUCAGGGUGACCCAUCGCCCGCACCUUUCAACGGCCAGGCCCCUGGUGAGCCCUCGGCCGCUCCAGUCGCCCCCCAAGGUGGUGAUGGCAAGACUACUCUCUGGAUGGGUGAACUUGAGCCCUGGAUUGAUGAGAACUUCAUCCGCAAUCUGUGGUUCCAGAUGGGCGAGCAAGUCAAUGUGAAGAUGAUCCGGGACAAAUUCUCCGGAAGCAAUGCGGGAUACUGUUUCGUCGACUUUGCUUCUCCUGCUGCUGCCGCCAAGGCCCUCAGCCUCAACGGCACCCCCAUGCCCAACACCACCCGCGCUUUCAAGCUCAACUGGGCUACCGGUGGUGGUUUGGCCGACCGUGGCCGCGACGACCGUGGCCCCGAAUACUCCAUCUUUGUUGGCGACUUGGGCCCCGAAGUCAACGAAUACGUCUUGGUCUCGCUCUUCCAGAGCCGCUUCCCAUCGUGCAAAUCCGCCAAGAUCAUGACCGACCCCAUCAGCGGAAUGUCUCGUGGUUACGGUUUCGUCCGCUUCUCGGAUGAGAACGACCAGCAGCGCGCUCUGAGCGAAAUGCAGGGAGUCUACUGUGGCAACCGCCCCAUGCGCAUCUCCACCGCUACCCCAAAGAACAAGGGCCCUGGUGUCGGUCCUGGUGGUGGCAUGGGAAUGCCCGGUGGUCCUGCCGGUCUGUACCCGCCGAACAUGGGUGGCCCUCCUAUGGGUUUCUAUGGCGCUCCUCAGCCCAUGAACCAGUUCACCGACCCCAACAACACCACUGUGUUUGUCGGUGGUCUUUCUGGCUACGUGACUGAGGAUGAGCUCCGCUCUUUCUUCCAGGGCUUCGGCGAAAUCACCUACGUCAAGAUUCCUCCUGGCAAGGGCUGCGGCUUUGUUCAGUUUGUCCAGCGCCACGCUGCCGAGAUGGCCAUCAACCAGAUGCAGGGAUACCCUAUUGGCAACUCUCGUGUUCGCUUGAGCUGGGGUCGCUCCCAGAACAACUCCGGCCCUGCCGGGACCCCCUACCGUCCUGCUCCCCCGCCACCAAUCUAUCCCAACAUGGGAAUGCCCCCGGCUCACCAGUACGGCAAUUUCGCUCCCAUGAAGUGUGAACACGGAACCGGAGUGCAUGCAGUAUGCGGCGGAAAAAAACACGCAGACUCCCCGUAUCUAAAUACCUCGUUCAUCAAUCCGCAGCAUUAUUUCAGCCAAAAGUCGCUGGGCCAGCUUCCCAUCCUGACCUCGUUCAUCCCCAGUCUGCCGCAGCAGAGCCCGUUUCGAGUGUCUAUACACAGUUGGGAGAAGCCAUGUCCGUCCCGGAUUGUGGAGAGCCUGAUGCAUCCGGAUGACUGCGUCUUGUUCGAGGUGAGAAUCUAUACGGACAAUGUCUGCGUCGCUGGCAGUCUUUUCAGUCCGAGGACAUUUUGGCCGCAUGUGAUAGAAUUGAGUUCCCAGAUGGACAAGAAUGGAAACCAGGAACUAUUACGGUUUCCCACUUUUCACCCAGAAGUUCUGGAUCAGUAUGUCUGGGACGCAGCCGAUACGUAUGGUCGCCUAAGGAUUGUGAUUUCGGAAGGGUUUGCACGGCCUCAUCGCGUUCCUCCCUUUGAAAGAGUCAAGGAUAUCGUUGUGUUUUCGUUCCAACAUGCUCCUCUCACUUGGCCCAAUCCAACCAUGUGGUCUCAACUUCCUACAAAUCUGUUCAGGCAUCAGCUCAAUUACGGAGGUUAUGGUGCUUUUGGCGAUAAUAAAGACCGCCUUGAUGAUCUCCACACGCAUUCGCCCACUCGGCAUGACAGCACGCGUCUUGAGGCGGCGAGAACAAGUGACAAUGGCGGUGGCCAUCACGAUCUCUACUCAGGUGUCCCUCCAUGGGCGCAGAAAUCAUUUGUUCCGGCACCACCACAACCACCGCCACCGAUGAUGAACUGGGCCAACAUUUACGGCGACAGCAGGUUGAAUCUGCAGCCUUCAAAUUUUGGGGGCAUGUAUAAUAACGGGUUCACUGGGCUGGAUCCGUUUGUCGACCCACCGAUGGUGCAGCGUAUCAAUCAGACGCAACGUAGCUUGGACGAUAUCUCCAUGCCAGAUGCUGGUCCAAUGUCUGUGAGCAGCCGCGCCAUGUCGAGCGUCAAUGGAAUGAGUUACGAUCACAGCCAACACGCCAGCUUGGCUGCCUCACGAGAUGACGACAACUAUCAAUUCGUCGAGUUGAUCAGUCCGUCAAAAGCACACCGGGCGUCUUCUGCUGCGCAAAACUCGGUUCCUUCAAUGCCUCCUGUGUCACGGCCGUCAGCUGCUGCUCAGGCUCGCUCCGAGUCUUACUCCAAAGCUACAUCCAAGGUCCCUCAUGUAGAAUCGAAAGACCCAAGGCAGAUUUCGGGUUCCAGUGUUCGAUCGAGUCAAGGUGGGAGUGUUGUCGAGACAAUCACCACUCGGAGACUUCUUGUCAGUCCGAAAGAUCAAGUCAAAGGCAGAAAGGAGGGCAAGGCACUUGCCCAGAAAAGCAGCCAAGUGGGAUCCGAGCCCCCUAGUGAACCAUCGAGCAGAGAGGCGAGUAGAGAAGUGAGCAAGGAAAUAGGCAAAUCGAGCGUACGCCACCCUAAUGUUGUGGUACAUACGACUGAGAGCGUUGUACGUGUAUCCGGUGAAGCAAAGAGAAAACGGCAGGUCAAGGGACCUGACGAGGCGGCGUCUCAGACAAAGGGACGUGUCAAGACAGAGCCGACUGCAGCUCGUGGAGAUGAGACGGCUCUCUUUGCGGGCAGCUUCUCGACACCUCCAAGCUGGCCGCCAAUUCUUCUUCCUAUUCCUCCAGGACUGAGCUUGGAGGAGUCCAGUCGGAAACCACAGGCUUGCUUUGUGCCUAAUCUGGGUGGUGCUGCUGCAGGUGUUUACUCGCAUCUGCCACCGCCUCAGUUUCAGUCUUAUCCGACGGUGGAGGGCAUGGGGCAACAAGGGUUUCCCUCUGUUGGUGUCAAGCCGUUCACACCUCUAUGCUCGCUUGGCCCUGUUGUUUCUUCUUCUUCUUCCUCUCCUUCCGCCUUUGAAAGCAUUGCAAAACCAUACAGCCCCUCUUACCCCUUUGGGGUCACCACCAACUUGUUGGAGCAGCGCCCCGAGCAGAAUGGUUUCAAGCAUGAUCCUCCCGAUGAAGGAGGAAUCAUAAGCUCUAGUAGGUAUUUGAUUCGUCAGAAGAUCGUCGUUGGCCAGCCUCUGCACGAAAUCGACACCAGGAGCUUGUCAGCCAAGCAGGUGCUUUUCUAUUUUGGCGUGCUGACUCUGAAGGAGCCAUGUCUUCAGCCGAGCUUUGAGUACGCCCAGGACCGCUCUGGCAUGUGGUCUGCAAAGCUUGUGCUCUAUCGAGAGUCAAUAAGCAUCCCACGCAUGUUGACCAGGAUGGGCGCCAAAGUAGAGAUUUGCCGUGUGGCGCUGUCGCUUUUGAAGCCUCGCUUUGCCGGUUGGAGGGUUCCAGAUGAGCCGGGUCUGGACCUUACGGCGCCAGAGUGGCUUUGGGGGGCUUUGCUAGAAGACUACGCAUAUGUGAACCAGUUGCCCUGUCCCAUAUUUACGAAAUACAUCCACAAGGAUGGUUAUCGCUACGAGAUUCAAGUUGGUGCCGUUGUUUGCUGGGGAUCGUGCAAGUUUUACAGCAAUGAAGCCGAUGCCGCUGAUGCCGCUGCUCAUCAGGUCUUGUAUCAGUUACUGACAGAGGGCUGCCAUGAGCUUAGCCCUGUGUCUGUACCUGAAGAGCCUGCCCAGACAACAACGCGUGUUCCAGCUGCUGCAGCUCGAAGCGGCAUUGCAAAUAUGAAAAUUAAGAUGGAGCCCGCAUUCGAGAUCGAUACAAGGGUUCCCAAUACUCGUCUCCCGAAGCAGGAAAGGAAGCGACGCCGCGGUGUCGUGUCCAACCUCGUUCCGCUGCAAAACGCUCGUAUCCAGACCCUUGAUCACGACGAUAGGCCUGAGCCGCAGAGCAAGUGGAAAAUUACUCGGCAUGAUUUACUAAAAGAGCUCAGGCCAUUGGGCACCUGGAUUGAGAAAGUCGAAAAAAUGUGCGAACUCCUCCACCUCACCCCCCAAUUCUCAAUUGAAUCCACCCCUCUCCCCAUCCCGACCACCGACCCAGAAGCCCAAACACACGCCGCCUGGGCAACCUUCCAAGACGAUCCCUAUCUCGCGCGUGCCGGCGCCAUUGGCAAAGUCGACGGCGUUGAAACCAGCACGACGGACGCCAAAGAAGCAUGUUGCCGACGCGUGUAUAACUAUCUGAUUGACCUUGUUGAGCAGGAUACGGCGCUGGAAGCAGAGGAGCGGGAGGAGAGGGAGUUUAUUAAAAAUUUUGGAGAGAUUAAGAGGCAGAGACUGGAGGCCGGGGGGUGGAAGGUGCCGUCGGUUCGGUGA